GAGAUGCUUUGGCUCGCAACCUAUGGAGGUACACUCGAUCAAGUAGGGGACCAUACAUGGGGAAGUGAGCAGAAAAUGCUGCAGAGGUGUGCAAAGCACUCGGUUGAGUGAUCGCGAGUGGCUGUGCAGGUAAAAAUCCGCGUUGAUUGUGUGAGUAGCGUUCACGGUUCUUGUUCAAGAUGGCGUCACAAUUGUUUUAGUCAUUUACCUGCCUUGGCAUCGAACAGAUCGCAUGAAGAUCGCGGUGCCGGAUAACCAAAAUUGACCCCCAAAAAAGAGCUGUAAUUUGGUGCAUUGGACCAAAAAUAAACCGUGAUCUUGUACAUCAUCUCGCGAUCACCAUUUUUGUGGAAAAUAAUUUGUGAUUGGUGCUGUGAAGUGCAAGAGAACCCAUCAACAAUUCUAAAUUCCCUGCUAUUUAGCCACAUAGUUCUUUCUCCAUAGCGCGAGUGCAAUGAUCGUGAUGAUGGAUCUGUGAAUGAUAGUGACGCAGCAAGACAUGCAAUUCCAUGGAUUUAAUUUUCUCACCUAAUUGACCCGAAGCAGAAGAAAAUAUCAUGAGUCGUCAAGAACGUACUUUUCGGAAUGGCAUAGAACUCAAUCAUAUGUCAUCACCGAAGAAUUCACGGGAAGAGAGGCGCUACUCGGUGCCUCAUCAUGGGCCAAAUACUCCCCUCCCGCCCCCAGCCUCGGAGGAUUUGCACGCGUGGUCGAUCUAUAGACCUGAGGCAUUUUACAGGCAAAACCUCAAUUCGGACUUCACCGACUCGGCUCUGGGAUCAUCCGAUAAGUCCCCACUGCCAUAUGGGAAUUUUCAGCUGCGCGACACCACUGUCCAGUCAAUUCUCAACCACCCACGCUAUGGGCCCAAAUCCCCUCUGGGCUCCAAUAUGUACACUUACCUGAAAUUCGGGCUGCCACGCGUCUUCCCACCCAAUGCGGGCUCCCAGAGGUCCCACAAUCGCCAAAUGGGUGGACCCGGUGGUGGUCGUGGGCGCGUCAAUCGUGGCUACCGAGAGAGUCAACCCAUUGGGGGUGCUAGCAGUGGGUACGACAGCAGCGACAAUGAGACAACACGCGGAAGGGUGCCACCAAAUCUCCGGAAAUUCCGCAGUGAGAGUGACUUCCGGCAAUUGGGAGUUGUCCCCACUUCACGACCCAGCUCCAGGGCACACGGAAACAUCCCCCUGGCAGCACUCAAGCAAGCCAAUAGCCGUGCCAGCAUUGCUGGAACGCAUCUCAAUCAUCACGCACCCAAUUCACGACACUACGGCAAUCGAUCACACAGUGAAGCUGAUCUUCUGGGUCCCGAUACGUACGACUAUGACUCCAGACUUUAUGCUCCAUCGAGGGCACGAUCGGAUCAGGUUCUUCUGUCACGAAGACAAUCCCCGCUGGGGCUUGUCUAUCCCAACAUCCAGGUGCAUUCCUUGGACGUUUCUCCGGGCGUUCGGGGUGUUUCGCUGCAAGCUAAAGCCGGAGAUCUCUUUGCAAUUAUGGCCACAUCGCAGAAGGAGGGAACAGCGUUGACUGAAGCCCUAGCUGGACUCCGAGAUCGCCUCGCUGGGGAGAUUCUCGUCAAUGGACAGCACAUAACACAGCGUGGUCUUCGAGAUCUCUGUGGCUACGUCCCAGCACCCGAUCGUGCAGCUCUCGAUCCUCGGAUGAGUGUCCAGAGCACCCUUAGCUUCCAUGCUUCGCUGCGAGGCCCCAUUGAUCGGAGCGAUCUCAAGGAGCGAAUUGACAUCCUGAUUGAGGAUUUGGGACUCACAGCCGUCCGGACGGCCAAUGUGUCCCGUUUGACACACUCUGAGCGUCAACGCUUGAGUGUGGCGUGCCAACUUCUGACCCAAGCUAGUGUUCUCGUUCUCGAUCAAGCCACAACCAGCAUGGACAUCUUCGACACCUUCUUCCUGGUUGAGUACCUUCGACAGUGGUGCAGUAGUGGUCGCAUCGUGAUAAUGACCCUCCAACCGCCAACAUUUGAGAUUCUCUCCAUGUGCUCCGGGGUUUUACUCCUCUCCGGCGGACGAACUGUCUUCUCCGGAAGUCGUUCUGAUCUACCACGUCACAUGGGUACUCUUGGGUAUCCGUGUCCACCUUUCAAGAAUCCCGCUGACUACUACUUGGAUCUCGUGACAUUGGAUGAUCUUUCGGCUGCUGCGAUGUUGGAAUCUUCAGCACGAAUUGACUCCCUUGCAUCGGCUUGGGAGCAAGUUAAUGCCGAACUACCCAUUGGAGCUCCUCCGGCUGCAAUGCCCAACUUUACAAAACGCGCUGGAGCUUUUAAGCAAAUCACAACACUUUGCAAGAGGUAUAUUGUCUACAAGCAACCAGGAUCUUUGCUUUCCUGGAUCAGCCGGUUAAUAGCUGCUGCAGUUCUAUCCCUCUGCAUUGGCUGUAUCUUCUGGGAUGUACCAGCAACGGAUCCCCAGCUACUGCAGAAUGAUCGUCUAGGGUACCAUCAUUGCAUCAUGGCUGUGGCUUUCUGGCCUCUCCUCCUGCUCACAAUUAGGGAUCUUCACGAGGAUCGAGAGCAUGCUGAGCGUGAAAUUGCAUUGCGACUAUACUCACGCCCACUCUACAUUAUUGUGCAGAGUGUUCUGAGCGUGAUGCCAAGCCUCUGCAUUUGGCUGGCUUACCUCCUGCCCGCGCACAGCAUGGCUGGCCUCUAUUCCUACACCACGAGCAGCGAUCGCGGGAUUUACAUUUACAUGGGAUACAUGCUCCUGUAUUUGAUGGCCAUACAAGCGCUCGCCCUCUUUGCCGCGCAUUUCUUCUCCGCCAAGACAAAUGCCAGCGUCUUCACGGGACUCAUAAUGCUGGCCGUGAGCUCCGUCGGUGGGUACUCCAUUCACGCUGCUUCAAUUCCAACCUUCUGGACGUGGGUGCAGGUUGUCUCACCCGAACGCUGGCUCCUUCCUGUCUUGGCUGAAGAUGAGUACAGUGCUGAAACAAUCGCCAACACUGCUGGGCUACAACUUUGCCGGAACAAACAGGUUCAGCACCAAGAGAUAAUCGUUCAGCAACCAUGUCCCCCACCCAAUGGGACACAGAUCCUUGCAGAUCAUCUACUACUGCCCCGGGAUCAUGCUUUGGAUCCCAAAAAUAUGCACGAAGCCACAAUUAUUGGGCUCUGUGUGGCAGCGUGUCUCCUCUUCGUGCUGGCCUUUGUAGCCUUCAGCGCCAACACAUGGCGACUCUUUACGCGCAAGAAGAGAAGCGCCAGAGAAAGAUAGACCAUCCCCAACCCCCCUUAGAUUUGCAUUAACACAAUGGGAUUUUUUUUUGCUCUACAAUAUACAAAUUUUCUAGAAUACA